CUCCGCGCUAUCCAAGUCCACUCCUGGUUCAAACGCUUCAACUCCUCUCAUCUCCUCUCUUGAAAGACUCUCAGCCAUGCAGUCCAGCUACAGCAUCACCGGCGGGCCCGUCAUGAUGAGCAGGCAGAGCUACAGCUACUCAUCCAGAGCCGCACCCAAGGCUCAGAGCUUGUCCGGACUGAGCCUCAGAGGUCCUCGCAUCUCCUCUUCCAGCAUGCACAGCGUCUCAUCCGGGUUUGGCGGCGGCUACGGAGCCGGGGCAGGCAGCUUCGACCUGUCCAGUGCUAUGGACCAGAACACCAUUCAGCUGAACGAGAAGGCCACCAUGCAGAACCUGAAUGACCGUCUGGCCACCUACCUGGAGAAGGUGCGCUCUCUGGAGGCUGCCAACGCGAAGCUGGAGAAGCAGAUCAGAGAGUACUACGAGCAGAAGGGACCUGCUGCCGAGAGGGACUACAGCAACUACUGGGCCAUCAUCAAUGACCUGAAGGACAAGAUCAUGGCCGCCACCGUCGGCAAUGCCAACAUUCUCCUCCAGAUAGACAACUCCAAACUGGCUGCUGACGACUUUAGAACCAAAUUCGAGCAUGAGCUGAUGAUGCGGCAGUCUGUUGAGGCCGACAUCGCCAACCUUCGCCGCCUGCUCGACCAGACCACUCUGACGAAAGCCGACCUGGAGAUGCAGAUCGAGGGUCUGCAAGAUGAGCUGGCCUACCUCAAGAAGAACCACGCAGAGGAGCUGGCAGCUAUGCGAUCACAGCUGUCCGGAACCAUCAAUGUGGAGGUUGACGCCGCACCCCAACAGGACCUCAACAGAAUCCUGGAGGAGAUCCGCGCCCAAUACGAAACUAUCACAGAUAAACACCGCCGCGACCAGGAGGCCUGGUUUAAUGAGAAGUCGGCUACCUUGAACAAGGAGGUGACCAUCAGCACAGAGACCAUCCAGACGUCCAAGACAGAAAUCGGAGACCUGAGACGUACGCUGCAGGGCCUGGAGAUCGAGCUGCAGUCUCAACUCAGCAUGAAAGGGGCGGUGGAGAACACGGUGGCAGACACAGAGGCUCGUUACAGCGCCAUGCUCGCCAGCUUCCAGAACACAAUCAACAUGCUGGAAGCAGAACUAGGCAACGUGCGCGUCAGCAUUGACCAGCAGGGCCAGGACUACAGGAUGCUACUGGACAUCAAGACCAGGCUGGAGCAGGAGAUUGCAACCUACAGGAGCUUACUGGACACAGAGGAAUCCAGGCCAAUUGGUUCAGGGAGCUCUAAGACCACGGUCACAACCACCACUAUGCGCACUUCCAGCUAAAAGGCUAAAACGUCCAACUGGCAGGACCUCAAACACAUGCACACACAUGCACACAGUCUCAUGAAAGCCUGAUAAUUGAAAUUAUACGAAAAAAGUAACUGACAGAAGAUGAAAGUUAAAGACCGUGCUUUAGCCUGAGGGGAGAUGAAAGGCUGCGUUACAGUGAAUAAAAGAGAAGAAAUGUCUGUAUGUGUGUGUUUGCGUGUGCUGUCUAAAAAAAAUAAACCUGCUGGCGAACACAA